ACCUAGGGUGGAUAAUGACCAAGCAAUCUUCCUCUUCCAAGCUCUUCUUCUAUGAACUACAUAGUGAUGAUUUCAAGGACGAUUCAACAUGGCUUGAGCUUUUUGAUCACUAGAAUGUGAUAAUUUUGCUUACACGGCCAUGAACCAAUCACCAUCUCUAAUCGAACAGGGUAUUUCUCAACAGCAUUCGAAGACUGUGUCUUGUGCCAAUGUUCUCACUUUGGCUUACCAGAGUCUUGGAGUGAUCUAUGGUGAUCUUAGUACAUCGCCUCUAUAUGUUUAUAAAACCACUUUCUCUGGGAAACUAAGCCUCCAUGAAAACGAUGAAGAGAUCUUUGGAGUGUUCUCUUUCAUCUUCUGGACAUUUACACUCAUUGCUCUCUUUAAAUACGUUUUCAUUGUUUUGUCUGCAGAUGAUAAUGGAGAAGGUGGAACAUUCGCGUUGUACUCGCUUCUGUGUAGGUAUGCCAAGCUAAGAAUUUUACCAAAUCAUCAAGAAAUGGAUGAGAAACUAUCAACAUAUGCAACGGGAAGCCCGGGAGAGACUCGGCAGAGCGCAGCUGUUAAAUCAUUCUUUGAGAAACACCCAAAAUCUCAAAAGUUUUUGUUGCUCUUUGUUCUUUUAGGGACAUGUAUGGCUAUUGGUGAUAGUGUUCUCACUCCAACAAUCUCAGUUCUUUCAGCUGUUUCUGGAGUCAAGCUCAAGAUUCCCAACCUUCACGAGAAUUAUGUUGUCAUCAUCGCCUGUAUCAUCUUGGUGGCGAUAUUCUCAGUCCAACGUUAUGGUACGCAUAGAGUCGCCUUCAUUUUCGCUCCAAUCUCCACUGCUUGGCUUCUCUCCAUCAGCAGCAUUGGAGUUUACAAUACUAUAAAAUGGAACCCGCGUAUAGUUUCUGCGCUUUCGCCUGUUUACAUGUAUAAGUUCCUCAGAAGCACCGGUGUAGAAGGGUGGGUUUCACUUGGAGGAGUUGUUCUUUCAAUCACUGGUGUUGAGACUAUGUUUGCUGACUUAGGUCACUUCUCAUCUCUGUCCAUAAAGGUGGCUUUCUCGUUCUUUGUCUACCCGUGUUUGAUUCUUGCGUAUAUGGGCGAGGCUGCGUUUCUCUCUAAACAUCAUGAAGAUAUUCAGCAAAGCUUCUACAAGGCGAUACCCGAGCCUGUGUUCUGGCCAGUGUUCAUUGUGGCUACAUUUGCAGCUGUGGUAGGAAGCCAAGCUGUCAUAUCCGCAACAGACACUAACAUGAUGGGUCAUGCAUACGGACUUGCUGUGACCUCUGUGAUGCUUGUGACUACAUGUUUGAUGACUUUAGUGAUGACAAUUGUCUGGAAGCAAAGAAUCAUUACAGUUCUCGCUUUCGUGGUCUUUUUCGGUUCCAUCGAGCUUCUCUAUUUCUCGUCAUGCGUCUACAAAGUACCCGAAGGAGGUUGGAUCCCGAUUCUCCUCUCCUUAACAUUCAUGGCGGUAAUGUACAUAUGGAACUACGGAACUACAAAGAAACAUGAAUUUGACGUUGAGAACAAGGUAUCAAUGGACCGGAUAGUCUCUCUGGGACCGAGCAUCGGAAUGGUGAGAGUUCCAGGAAUCGGACUGGUCUAUUCGAAUCUUGUGACGGGAGUUCCAGCUGUUUUCGGACAUUUCGUGACGAAUUUGCCGGCAUUUCACAAGAUUCUGGUGUUUGUAUGUGUGAAAUCGGUUCAGGUUCCCUAUGUUGGAGAAGAAGAGAGAUUUGUGAUAAGCAGAGUAGGGCCAAAAGAGUAUGGAAUGUUUAGAAGUGUGGUUAGGUAUGGAUACAAAGAUGUUCCAAGAGAAAUGUAUGAUUUCGAAAGCCGGUUAGUGUCUGCUAUAGUCGAGUUCGUUGAAACAGAACCGGGACUUGAAGAAGAAGAAAUGUCGAAUGUUAGGAGAAAGAAGGAAGAAUGUAUGGAGAUAAUGGAAGCGAAAGAAGCAGGAGUAGCGUAUAUACUGGGACAUUCAUAUGCAAAGGCGAAGCAAUCAUCGUCAGUGUUGAAGAAACUAGCGGUGAAUGUUGUGUUUGCGUUCAUGAGCACGAAUUGCAGAGGAACAGAUGUUGUGCUUAAUGUUCCUCAUACUUCUCUGCUUGAAGUUGGAAUGGUUUAUUACGUCUAAACAGAGAAAUACUAAGCUUUAACAUAAGGUUAAUACGGUUUAGUAGUAGUAGUACAGUAUAGAGAGAGAUCUAACUUCAUUUUCAGUUGUUUUUUAGCAAAAGUUUUAAUGUGUAAAUAUUCUUACGGUUAAUGAAUGAAAAUCAAGAAA